AUGAGCGAUAUCGGGGAUUUUAGUGAUUUUAGUAGCGGAAAAGAAUCAAGUGAUAGCGAAUUGGAAACAAUUCCGGAACCAAAAAUAAAACAUAUGAAUUUUCUAGAUGAAACCGUUGAUAGAAUUAAAAAUGUGAAUAUUGUUGAAAAAGGAAUCAAUGUUAAAAGAGUCACUUCUAAUAAAAAUGGAGCUGUUUUUAUCGAAUGUAAAAACAAAACUGACGUAGACAAAUUAAAAUUAGCAGUGACAGAAAAAGUUGGAAAAGCAGAAAUUAAAGAGAUUAGAAAAUUUAUACCACGUAUGGUAAUUUUUGGAAUAAGUAAUGAUAUGAAGGAGGAUGAUAUUUUAGAUUGUUUAUUUAAACAGAAUGAAAUCAUUACAGCAAAUUAUAAGGAUAUAAAAGAUUUAGAAAAGGAAAUUAAAAUUAAAAGAAUUUUUAAAAGUAAAGAAAAUAAAUUUAGUAGACAUGUAGUAGUAGAAGUUACAGGUAAAUUGAGGAUUAUUAUUAAAGAUGGUUUAAAUAUUGGUUGGAAUAGAUGCAAAGUAGAAGAUGAUAGAUCAAUUUUACAUUGUUUUAAAUGUCUUCGAAUUGGCCAUAAAUCAGAUAAUUGCAAAGAUGUUCAAUUUUGCAAUAAUUGUGGAGGACAACAUGAUGUUAGGAAAUGCAUUUCAAAAGAGAAAAAAUGUAUUGCAUGUAUUAGAAAUAGGAUUUCAGGAGAUAUAAAACAUAGUUGUUUUUCUAAGGAAUGUUUGUCGUUAAAGAAAUUUUUUAUAGAAUUUAAUAAGAAGAUAGAUUAUGAAUAAUGAAAUAAUUAAUAUAAAUUGUGUUCAGAUUAAUUUAGGAAGAGGCAAAAAUUCUACAUUUAAUUUAAUGGAUUAUUUUUCUAGGAAUAAUAUUCAUAUAGUUUUUCUACAAGAACCUUGGGUCGUUAAGGAGGAACUAUAUGGUAUUAGUAGGAAAUAUAAAAUUUUUAAUGGUUUUCCGGUGGAUAAUAAACCAAUACGUAGUGCUAUUUUAAUCACAGAUAAUAGAUUAAUGGCAAUUAUUCAUUCAGAUUUAACCGACGGUUAUUUUAUAGUUUUAGAAAUUAAAACAAAUAAUUUAUGUUUUUUAGCAGUAUCGGUUUAUGUUCCACCGGAAAAAAGACAUUUAGGUGAAUUUAAAUCUAUAUUAAGUGAAUUUGAAAAAAUAAUUGUUGAUUUAAAUUUAAAAUAUAAUAAACCAAAAAUAAUUUUUUAUGUAGAUAGUAAUAGUAAAAGUGCUAGUAGUGUGGGGUAGUGAUUUUGAGGACAGAAGAGGAAGAGACUUAGAAGAUUUAUUAAAUAAAUAUAAUUUGUGUGUUUUAAACAAUAAUGUAGAACCUACUUGUUUUAAUCAAAGAGGUGCUUCUAGUUUUAUUGAUUUUACGGUGAUUAGUGAUAAUUUUAUUGGUGAAGUAAUUAAUUGGAAUUUGGAAGAUGAGGAGACCCUUUCAGAUCAUAAACAUUUUUUUUCAUAUUAUUUGUUCAAAUAAUGAUAGAAUAGAGAAUAUUACUAGGAGAUAUUGUGUAUAGCAAAUUAGGUAAAAUUUGAAGAAGAAUUGACAUUGGAAUUAGAUGGUUUUAAAGAAAGAUUAAAAAAUAUUGUUUUUGACAAAAAAGAAUUAAAUGCUUUAGUUACUAAUUUUAAUGAUAGUUUAAUUAGAUGUUGUGAUAAGUGUUUUAGUAAAAAGAAGUGUUCUAAAAAGUGGGUACCAUGGUGGACCUUGGAAUUAAGUAAAUUAAGAAAGGAGACAAAUAAUUUAAGAAGAAGGUUUCAAAGAUGUAGUUUAAUUGAAGAAAGGGAAACAAAAAAAUUGGAAUAUAAUAAAAAAUUAAUAUUUAUAAAAGAAAAUUAGAAGAAACAAGAAUAGAAAAAAUGGAGAGAAUUUUGUUCCAAAUGGGGGAACAAAGAUCCUUGGGGUUUAGCUUAUCAAGUUGUUAGAGGUAAAAGAUCUACAACUAAAAUAUUUCAGCAGUUAGGAAAAACAAUGGUGCUUUUACAUCUAAUUUGGAGGAAACGUCUAUGGAAUUUUUGGUCAACUUUUUUCCUAGGGAUAAUGAGAUUGAUGAAAAUGAUUAUCAUAGGAUCAUUAGGAAUAGAUAUCAACUAUACUCUGAUGAAUAUGAUGAUUUGGAUUUUCAUCCUAAGGAGAUAAGAAGAUUACUUCAAUUACUUCUAUGGAUAAGAAAAAAGCACCGGGUUUGGAUGGUAUAUCUGCUGAUAUUUUAGAAAAAGUUUAUAAUCAUGAUCCUGAUUUAAUAAAUUUAUUAUUUAACAAAUGUCUGCAUUUGGGUGUUUUUCCUAAAUGCUGGAAAAAGCAAUUGGUAAAAAUUAUUCCAAAAUCUGGUAAAAAAGAUAUUGGUGAUGUUAAAACAUACAGCCCUAUAAGUCUUCUUUCAGUCAUAGGUAAGGCACUAGACAGUUUGAUUAUCAAUCGUAUAGAACAUCACCUUAUAAUUAAUAAUAAUUUAUGUGAUAGACAAUUUGGCUUCGUUAAAGGUAAAAGCACAAUUGAUGCUUGAAGUUAUGUAGUUAAUUUUAUUGAAAAUUCAAAAAUGAAAAUUAUUAUUGUUUAGCGAUAUUGUUGGAUAUUUCUGGGGCUUUUGAUCACGCAUGGUGGCCUCUAAUUUUAGAUCAGAUAGGUAGGAAAAAUUGUCCAAAAAAUUUAUUUAAUAUUGUCUUAUUUUUCGGGUAGGGAAGCUAUUAUAGAUGAACCAGGCAUUUAUUUAAAUUAUAAUAUUGAUAAAGGUUGAGUACUGUUGUUAAGAAAACUUUAAGAUUUGUAUAAGGACGGUACGCGCACAAAAUAGUUUUCUCUUUUUCGUCAUAUUCUCGUUCGAAACGUUUCGUUGUUGCACGUAUAAGUAAAAUUUUGGUUUCGUUAAAUUUUCAAAUAAAAUCGUUUUGUCAUAACAAAUUACAUAAUUUCUAGUAAAUUAUUUAUAAAA